CUCGCGUGGCGUUUUGUCGGCCCGAGCGCACGGCCCGGCCCGGCACGGUACUGGACGCCGACUCGCCUGGAAGCAUAUGGAAAUAGCGGCAGCAAAAAGUGUCCCUCGUCUCCCACUUGCGACCUCCUCCUCCUUGUCCUUCUGUCCCCCGUCGUCCUCCGCCUCCUCCUCGCAUGAGCCUCGCGGAAGGAGGGGGGCACGGCGGCGCUUCCUCAUCUGGCCUCGGUGGACGCGGCCGGGCGUGAGAGAAGAGCCAUGACUCUGAGCUCCGAGAUGUCGGACGCCUCCGUCCUCUCGGAAGAGACCGACAUCGACGUGGUGGGCGAGGGGGAGGAGAGCGAGCACGGCCGCGGCUUUCCACCGACUCAGCAGUCUCCCCCGCCGUCGGACCCCGCCGUCGCCGCCAGCUCGGAAGCCGCUCGGGACGCCUACAAAGCGGCUUCGGUGGCAGCGGGGGGCAAGAACCCCUUAGUGAAGCCGCCUUAUUCGUACAUCGCCUUAAUCACCAUGGCCAUCCUACAGAGCCCCAAAAAGCGGCUGACCCUCAGCGAAAUCUGCGACUUCAUCAGCAACCGUUUCCCGUACUACCGCGAGAAGUUCCCGGCGUGGCAGAACUCCAUCCGGCACAACUUGUCGCUCAACGACUGCUUCGUCAAGAUCCCGCGGGAGCCGGGCAACCCGGGCAAGGGCAACUACUGGACGCUGGACCCGGAGUCGGCGGACAUGUUCGACAACGGCAGCUUCCUGCGGCGACGGAAGCGCUUCAAGCGGCAGCAGACGCAGGACUUGCUCCGGGAGCACGGCGGCUUUCUGCCGGCCGCCGCCGCCGCUUACGGCUACCCGGGCUACGGUUGCGGGGGGUACGGCCUCCAGCUGCAGUCCUACCACACGCACUCGGCUCUCCUGGCCUUCCAGCAGCAUCAGCAGCAGCAGCAGCAGCAGCAGUCCGCCCGUCACGGCGGCACCGUCCUCCCCCAUGCCUCCCUCCCGCCCUCCGCGGAGCGCCCCCGGGGCCGCUUCUACCCGCCUCUCGACGCCGGUCCGCAGGGCUCGCCGGCCGGCUCGCGCAAGGCCGGCUCGCCGGUGCACCGCUCGCCCUUCUCCAUCGAGAGCAUCAUCGGCGGAGGCUCGCCGAGCCCCUCCAGGACUUCCCCGGCGGUGAUGCCGGUGAUGGGCGCCACCCUGGGCCACCCGAUGGAGAACUUUACCGCCGGCGGCUGUUAAAGCAGACUAAACAAAACUAAACAAACGAACAAAUAAACGGGCCCUCAGUCAAAGGUAGGAGGAUUAUUUUUGUACCUUUAUGGGAGUGCGCGCGCGGACCUUUUCGCUGUGCACGUUCACGCGGUUUGAGGAGAUAUUUAAUGUCCAUCAUUUUUUUGUCCCUUUUCGGGAGCUUUCAGGAUAUUUGGACCUUGUCUCCUCCAGCCACAAUCUCAGGACGAAUUGCUCUAAAUGAUCACAUGUUGUUUUUCAAAAAAGUAAUAAUAAUAAUGUAUUAAUGUGUCAAACACAUGUUUCGUUUUAUUAUUAAUAUUAAUAGUUUGGCCCAUUUGAACAGGUUUUUGAUUUUAAACUUUGUAAUAAAAACACAAAGAGUUACAAAAAAAUGAAGUCCUACAUUUAUAACAUGCAGUGUGUGUUUAUUUCAGUCAUAAAUGUACAUUUUUGGCCGCAACGAAAUGUAAAUGAAGUGUGAUAUUUUUACACAGCUUGUUUUUACAAGAGGAAUAAAUUCUGGUUUGGAAAAAAAAAAAUCAUACGUGAGGAGAAAUACUUUUUUAUUCAUGCAUGCAUGUGAUAUCAAGCCAUCAGGUUUGUUGUUUUAACCUGUUAAAAAUGACAGACAUAAUACGUUACGUAUUUUUUAUUAUUAUGCAAAGUUAGU